CUACCCUUAGCAAGUUAUAUAAGAACAUCAUUCUCCUUUCUCUCUUCGACAUCGACAUUCCUCUUCCUCGCUUCUCUCUCUCUCUCUCUCUCACCGGAAAACUCACUCGGACUUACAUUUCCGACGUCAAACUUCUCCAAACCGAAUCGGUAAUGGCGAAAGGAGGAAACAAACUGAUGAAGCUGAAAUCAGUUUUGAAGAAACUCAAUUCAUUCAACACCAAGCCUAACCAGCCACCAGCUCAAACCAAUCACAGCCGAUCCUCCGCCGUGAGUGCGUUCCCCUCUGAAGACCUUCAAACUGUCUACGUAGGCCGAACACGGAGGACAUACCACGUGAGCUCCGAUGUCGUGAGCCACCCGCUCUUCCAGCAGCUAGCGGCGGUGGAUGGUGGAUGCGGCAGCGAGGACGGUUCCAUCUCUGUGUCGUGCGAAGUUGUCUUGUUUGAGCAUUUGCUUUGGAUGUUGGAGAACGCCGACGCCGAUGAGUCACGCCCCGAGUCGGUCUACGAACUUGUCGAGUUCUACGCUUGUUAACUCUUUAUGAUUAAUUUAGGUUCAAAAUAUAUUUAUGAUUAAAUGUUACAUGUUUGUAUAUUCUACACUUUGUAUACUUUACACUUUACAUAGUAUUUCGUGAAAUAAUCUAUUUUCUGUUAAAUGAUACAACAACGAUAAAAUAAAUGUUUAAAUGUGUAAAU